AUAUCCAUUAUCGCCACUCCAGGUUAAAAAGGUGUUAACUUUUCAAUUCCCAGAAGAAUUAAAUCCCCAAAACACAGAAAAUAUGGGUACUUUCAAUACCCUUACACAAUCUUUAAGCCACCACUACUUGAAAAAGUCCAAAGUUCACAACUUUCAUCAGCUAUUUGAUCUGGGCAAACUAAUAGUUUCUUCAGAGACUUCGUACACUAAAAUUGAUUACAGUUUUCAUCAAUUCCAGAGCAGAAGAACCCUAAUCCUACAAACUGUGUCGUCUGAAUCAGUGAAGUUAAAGAAGCUUGCUGACUCUGAUUCUGGAAUUGUGGAGGUGAAUUUGGAUAGACCAGAAAGUAAAAAUGCUAUUGGGAAGGAGAUGCUGAGAGGGUUAAGGAAUAUUUUUGAGACAAUUAAUAGAGAUGAUUCUGCUAAGGUUGUUAUGAUUUGCAGCUCUGUUCCUAAAGUCUUUUGUGCAGGUGCUGAUUUGAAGGAGCGUAAGACGAUGACUCCAUCAGAAGUGCAAUUUUUUGUCAACUCUCUGCGGUCCACAUUCUCAUUUAUAGAGGAACUCCGUAUUCCUACUGUCGCUGUUAUUGAAGGAGCAGCUCUCGGUGGUGGACUUGAAAUGGCUUUAUCAUGUGAUCUUCGGAUAUGCGGAGAAGAUGCAGUAUUGGGCUUGCCGGAAACAGGACUUGCUAUAGUUCCUGGGGCAGGUGGGACACAACGGCUUCCUAGAUUGGUUGGAAAAUCUGUGGCAAAGGAGCUAAUAUUUACCGGGCGAAAGAUUGGUGGAAGAGAGGCUAUGUCAAUCGGUCUUGUUAAUUACUCUGUGCCUCCCGGUGAGGCUCGUUUAAAGGCUCUUGAAGUUGCAAGGGAAAUCAAUCAGAAGGGUCCGGUAGCCAUAAAGAUGGCGAAAAAAGCAAUUAAUGAGGGACUGGAUGUAGACAUGGCUUCGGCUAUGGAUUUGGAAGAAGAAUGUUACGAACAGCUCUUGCACACAAAAGAUCGCUUGGAAGGCUUGGCGGCGUUUGCUGAGAAGCGGAAACCAAAAUAUAAAGGGGAGUAAACAGAAAAAGAACUACACUAACAAGCAGUCAUAUCUUGUAAAAAUUGUAGAGAAGCAGAUGCUAAGAAACAAGCUGGUGACCAAUUUCAAGUCCAAUGACUAACAAUAUUUGCUCUCAAGAGGAAUCGUCACGUAAGAUAAGAUUCAGCUUUGUCUAUAAAAAAUAUCAGUUAUUAGUUUGGAUCGGUUUUGUUAAUUAAAAAGCUUCACAAAGAUACAACACAAUAACAAAACAUGUAGCUUUCACUUUUCAACUCUUUCGAGUAUACUGAACCAUCCUUGCUCUGAGAGUUAAAACAGUCAAAAGACGGGGGAAACAGAACAGCACAACAAACACGAACUUAUAUUGUAUAUGCAGAUCGUUUUAAUGGAAAAGAUUAUAAACAAUGAAACUUGAAAGAAAAAAUAGACAAAACUUUGUUCAUUUUGGCAUUGUCUUUGUAAGUUGUGUGUCUCUUCUUGAUAUGUAUGUUUCAUAUUCCUGAAAUGGCAGUGAAAGGCUAAUCUUAACUCA